CUCCUGACGGGCAUAGGGCAACCGAGGGCUGAGGGACAGGUCCUUCUGACGUGUAUAGGAAAACCGAGGGUUGAGGGACGGGUCCUCCUGCCGGGAAUAGGACAUCUGAGGGCUGAGGGACAGGUCCUGACGGGAAUAGGUCACCCGAGGGCUGAGGUACAGGAAUAUGGCAACCGAGGGCUGAGGGACGGGUCCUCCUGACGGGAAUAGGGCAACCGAGGGCUGAGGGAUUCGUCUUCCUGACAGGAAUAUGGCAGCCCACGGCUGAGGGUCCCGUCCCCACCACAGAAAAGACAGGCGUGCCACCCCGAGGGCCUAGGAGUCUUCUGGCGACAGAGGAGGCUGAACCGGGGCUGCAGUCAGGGAGGCGGCACUGGGCUUCCUGGGGUGCCCGUCACAGGCAGGGCCUAUUCACGACGGAGGAAGGGCCAAGGGUGGCCUGCAGCCCUCCCCUGGGACCAGACGUCUAGAGGGGCACCCCUGAAAUCCGGCAGUGCUGGUUCAGAAAAGGCAGGCGCACCACACCGAGGGCCUAGGAGUCUUCUGGCAACAGAGGAGGCUGAACCGGGGCUGCAGUCAGGGAGGCGGCACUGGGCUUCCUGGGGAGCCCGUCACAGGCAGGGCCUCUUCAGGAGGCAGGAAGGGCCAAGGUUGGCCUGCAGCCCUCCGCCAGGACCAGACGUCUGCAGGGGCUCCCCUGAAAGCCGGCAGUGCUGGUUCAGGGGGUCCAGGAACCAGGAGUUGAAGACCAGGGUCUGAGUUCCACUUCUAAACUCAGCACAGCAGAGGAGGCCCAGGCAAAGCUAGGAGUCAAGGUUCCCACCGAGCAAACGCCCUAGGAAGACAGGCGAUCUGUGAGGCCUAGAGUACCAUCUUAAGAGAAGGAGAGUUGUAAGGCAGCCUUUGUCAGAGCCAUCAUGGACAAGGAGAUGCCUGCUGCUGGGAUGCCGAGUCUUCUCCAGAGUUCUCCUGAGAAUCCUCAAAGUCCACCCGAGGGGCCUGACCAGUCUCCUCUCCAGAGUCCUGUGAGCGCCUUCAUCUCCUCCACUUCAUUGAGUCUUCAGAGUCCUCCUGAGAGUCCUCAGAGUCCACCUGAGGGGCCUGUACAGUCUCCUCUCCUGAGUCCUGUGAGCUCGGCCUCCACUUCACUGAGCCUUCCCCUGAGUUCCCCUGAGUAUCCCCAGAGUCCUCCUGAGGGGCCGGCCCAGUAUCCUCUGCAGAGUCCUGUGAGCUCCGUCAUCUCCUCCACUUCAUUGUGUCCUCAGAGUCCUCCUGAGAGUCCUCAGAGUCCACCUGAGGGGCCUGUACAGUCUCCUCUCCUGAGUCCUGUGAGCUCCUCCUCCACUUCACUGAGUCUUCCCCUGAGUUCCCCUGAGUAUCCCCCGAGUCCUCCUGAGGGGCCUGCCCAGUCUCCUCUCCAGAGUCCUGUGAGCACCUUCAUCUCCUCCACUUCAUUGAGUCCUCAGAGUACUCCUGAGAGUCCUCAGAGUCCACCUGAGGGGCCUGUACAGUCUCCUCUCCUGAGUCCUGUGAGCUCCUCCUCCACUUCACUGAGUCUUCCCCUGAGUUCCCCGGAGUAUCCCCAGAGUCCUCCUGAGGGGCCUGCCCAGUCUCCUCUGCAGAGUCCUGUGAGCACCUUCAUCUCCUCCACUUCACUGAGUCCUCAGAGUACUCCUGAGAGUCCUCAGAGUCCACCUGAGGGGCCUGUACAGUCUCCUCUCCUGAGUCCUGUGAGCUCCUCCUCCACUUCACUGAGUCUUCCCCUGAGUUCCCCGGAGUAUCCCCAGAGUCCUCCGGAGGGGCCUGCCCAGUAUCCUCUGCAGAGUCCUGUGAGCACCUUCAUCUCCUCCACUUCAUUGAGUCCUCAGAGUACUCCUGAGAGUCCUCAGAGUCCACCUGAGGGGCCCGUACACUCUCCUCUCCUGAGUCCUGUGAGCUCCUCCUCCACUUCACUGAGUAUUCCACUGAGUUCCCCUGAGUAUCCCCAGAGUCCUCCUGAGGGGCCUGCACAGUAUCCUCUGCAGAGUCCUGUGAGCACCUUCAUCUCCUCCACUUCACUGAGUCCUCAGAGUACUCCUGAGAGUCCUCAGAGUCCACCUGAGGGGCCUGAACAGUCUCCUCUCCUGAGUCCUGUGAGCUCCUCCUCCACUUCACUGAGUCUUCCCCUGAGUUCCCCUGAGUAUCCCCAGAGUCCUCCUGAGGGGCCUACCCAGUCUCCUCUCCAGAGUCCUGUGAGCACCUUCAUCUCCUCCACUUCAUUGAGUCCUCAGAGUCCUCCUGACAGUCCUCAGAGUCCACCUGAGGGGCCUGUACAGUCUCCUCUCCUGAGUCCUGUGAGCUCCUCCUCCACUUCACUGAGUCUUCCCCUGAGUUCCCCUGAGUAUCCCCAGAGUCCUCCUGAGGGGCCUGUCCAGUAUCCUUUGCAGAGUCCUGUGAGCACCUUCGUCUCCUCCACUUCAUUGAGUCCUCAGAGUCCUCCUGAGAGUCCUCAGAGUCCACCUGAAGGGCCUGUGCAGUCUCCUCUCCUGAGUCCUGUGAGCUCCUCCUCCACUUCACUGAGUCUUCCCCUGAGUUCCCCUGAGUAUCCCCAGAGUCCUCCUGAGGGGCCUGCCCAGUCUCCUCUCCAGAGUCCUGUGAGCACCUUCGUCUCCUCCACUUCAUUGAGUCCUCAGAGUACUCCUGAGAGUCCUCAGAGUCCACCUGAGGGGCCUGUACAGUCUCCUCUCCUGAGUCCUGUGAGCUCCUCCUCCACUUCACUGAGUCUUCCCCUGAGUUCCCCUGAGUAUCCCCAGAGUCCUCCUGAGGGGCGUGCCCAGUAUCCUCUGCAGAGUCCUGUGAGCACCUUCGUCUCCUCCACUUCAUUGAGUCCUCAGAGUCCUCCUGAGAGUCCUCAGAGUCCACCUGAGGGGCCUGUGCAGUCUCCUCUCCUGAGUCCUGUGAGCUCCUCCUCCACUUCACUGAGUCUUCCCCUGAGUUCCCCUGAGUAUCCCCAGAGUCCUUCUGAGGGGCCUGCCCAGCCUAUUUUCCAGAGAUUUGUGUGCUCCUCCUCCUCCAGUUCAUUGUGUCUUCUCCAGAGUUCUCCCAAGAGCCCUCAGAGUCCUCCUGAGGGGCCUGCACAGUCUCCUCUCCUGAGUCCUGUGAGCUGCUCCUCCACUUCACUGAGUCUUCCCCACAGUUUCCCUGAGAGUCCUCGGAUUCCUCCUGAGGGGCUGUCCCAAUCUCCUCUCCAGAGUCCUGUGAGCUCAUUCUCCUCCUCCUCCCACUCCUCCCCCUCCUCCCGCUCCACCGCCUCCUCCUCCUCUUCCUCCUCCUCCCCCUCUUCCUCCUCCUUCCCCUCUUCCUUCUCCCCCUCCUCUUCCUCCUCCUCUCCGUCCUCCUCCUCCUCUUCCCCCUCCCCCUCCUCCUCCUUUUCCUUCUCUUCCUCCUCCUCCUCCUCCUCCUCCAGUUCAUUGAGAUUUCUCCAGAGUUCUUCUGAGAGUCCUCAGAGUCCUCCUGAGGGGCCUGCGCAGUCUCCUCUCCUGAGUCCUGUGAGCUCCUCCUCCACUUCACUAUGUCUUCCCCCAAGUUCCCCUGAGAGUCCUCAGUGUCCUCCUGAGUGGCCUGCGCAGUCUCCUCUCCUGAGUUUUGUGAGCUCCUUCUCGUCAAUUUCACUGCGUCUUUCCCUGAGUUCCCCUGAGAGUCCUCCUGAGGGGCCUGCCGAGUUUGCUCUCCCAAGUUUGGAGUGCUCCUUCUCCUCCACUUCACUGAAUCUUCUCCAGAAUUUCCCUGAGAGCCCUUCCGAGGGGCCUGCCCAGUCUCCUCCCCGGAGUCCUAUGAGCUCCUUCUCCUCCCUCUCUUCCAGUCCACUGUGUCUUCUCCAGAGUUCCCUUGAGAGUCCUCAGAAUCCUUCUGAGGGGCCAGCCCAGUCUGCUCUCCAGAGUUUGUCCGCUUCCGUCUUCUCUGACUGUUUGAGUCUUCUCCAGAGUUCUCCUGAGUGUCCCCAGAGUCCUCCUGAGGGCCCUUCCCAGUCUGCCCUCCACGGUCCUGUGAGCUCCUCCUUCAGUCCAUUGAGUUUUCCCCCGAGUUCCCCUGAGUGUCCCCAGAGUCCUCCUGAGGGCCCUUCUCAGUCUGCUCUUCAGGGUCCUGUGAGCUCCUUCUCCUUCAGUCCGUUGAGUCUUACCCCGGGUUCCCCUGUGUGUCCCCAGAGUCCUCCUGGGGGACCUUCCCAAUCUGCCCCCCAGGGUCCCGUGAGCACCUUCUCCUCCUGUCCAUUCCGUCUUCCCCUGAGUUCCCCUGAGUGUCCCCAGAGUCCUCCUGAGGGGCCUUCCCAGUCUGCUCUCCAGGGUCCUGUGGGCUCUUUCUACUCCUCCACUUUAUGGAACCCAUCCAGUGAAGAGUCCAGCAGCCCAGCAGAUGAAGAUACAAGAACCUCAGACACCUUACUAGACAGUGAGUCCUUGACAGAUAAUGAGUCCCUGACAGCCACUGAGCCCUUGGUUGCUCAUACACUGGAUGAAAAGGUGGAUGAGUUGGUGCGGUUUCUUCUUCUCAAAUAUCAAGCGAAGGAGCCUGUCACAAAGGCAGAGAUGCUGACGAUUUUCGUCAGCAGGUACAGGGGCUACUUUCCUAUGAUCUUCAGGAAAGCCCGUGAGUUCAUAGAGAUUCUUUUUGGCAUUGCCCUGACAGAAGUGGGCCCCGACCACUCCUAUGUCUUUGUAAAUACAUUAGACCUCACCUGUGAAGGGAGUCUGAGUGAUGAGCAAGGCAUGCCCCAGAACCGACUCCUGACACUUAUUCUGAGUAUAAUCUUCAUAAAAGGCUCCUGUGCCUCUGAGGAGGUCAUCUGGCAUGUGCUGAAUGGAAUAGGGGUAUGUGCUGGGAGGGAGCACUUCAUCUUUGGGGAGCCCAGGGAGCUCCUCACUAAAGUUUGGGUACAGGAACAUUACCUGGAGUACCGGGAGGUGCCCAACACUUCUCCCCCACGUUAUGAAUUUCUUUGGGGUCCGAGAGCCCAUUCAGAAAUCAGCAAGAGAAAAGUAGUAGAGUUUUUGGCCAUGCUAAACAAUACCGUCCCUCGUUCCUUUUCACCCUCAUACAAGGAUGCUUUGAAACAUCUAGAAGAGAGAGCCCAGGCCACAAUUGACACCACAGAUGACUCCACUGUCACAGACGGUGCAAGCUCCGAUGUUUCCCAGCCCGUCUUCCCCUGAGCAAAGUCUAAGGCAGAAUCUUCCUUUUGAGUGUGAACAGGGCAGGCGAGUUUCUAUGCCAUGGAGGGCCCGGGUGAAGCUGGCGAGAACAGAGUGUUUGCGUUUCUGUUCCAUAUGGUAGUUAAGGGAUUUACCUAUUUUACUUUGGGGUAUUUUUCAAAUGCUUUUCCUUUAAUAACAGGUUUAAAUAGCUUCAGAAACUUAGUUUAUGGAGUUUAUGAAUAUUAGUCACACAUGUGCUGCUGUUUAACUGGUUGAGGGGUAACGGUUUGAUAGUUUGUAAAACACACACACACACACACACACACACACACACACGAUUGGGAAAACCUGCCUUAUCUGUGGUCUGUCACACUUUAAUAUGGUAUUACUGUAGCAAUUUUCUUUAAACUGUAAAAGAACUCUGGAGUUGAAUAGUGGAACAAAACAAAGGAUUGUUAAUAUUUGCAUUUCCUCAUACCCUUUAGUCUGCUGUUCUUGAAAAUUAAAGAUACGUACCUGGUUUUCUUGGCUUGUUUAAUAAAGUAGCAGAGAUUAAAUGAUAAUAAAUAAAAAUAUCACGGACUCCUUUAUUUGACGAACAUUAUAUCAGCAUUUGCUCAUGGAAGUUACGUUUAGUAGUGAAGUUACUAUUAAAAGCAAGACUUACACCUACUCAUAAAACGGUAGAGUAUAGGUACAGAAGCCAUAUCGGGAACUUGGUAAGAUUUUUCUCUUCAAUCUAAAGA